AUGCUCCGGCCAUGGCCUUCCAGCGGCGCUGUCCGCGCUCUAUCUCGAAUAAUCCGCCGUCCGUUGUGGAUUCGCCCCCGUAACGUUCAUUUCUCUACCAUCACACCUUGCCUCAACGCCAACUCUGCAGACCGCGUCCCUCUCCGCAAGCAACUCAAGCAGGAUGCCAAGAACCUCAAGGCUCGGAAGAAGCAGCGCAAGGAGAGCGAAGCGGCCUCCCGACAAGAGUGGGAAUUGACAGUUGGUGUGGAGAUUCACGCGCAGCUUAAUGCUGGAGCCAAAUUAUUCUCUCGAGCUCCGACCGCCGCCAGCGAGACUCCCAACUCUAAUGUUGCCUUGUUCGAUCUUGCCUUUCCGGGCAGCCAACCGGAAUUCCAAGCUGCCACACUCCUCCCAGCCCUCCGCGCGGCCGCCGCUUUGAAUUGUGAUAUACAACCAGUCAGUCGAUUUGACCGAAAGCAUUACUUCUACCAGGAUCAGCCAUCGGGCUACCAGAUCACACAAUACUACGAGCCAUUCGCGCGCCACGGAUGGGUCGAUCUAUACGACUACGAUGGCAUCGCCCCCGAAGAUGGUAGCAGGAUUCGCAUAGACAUCAAGCAAGUGCAGCUGGAACAGGAUACGGCCAAGUCCCAGGAAUAUCCGCCCUCGACUCAACUCCUCGACUUCAACCGUGUCUCUCACCCUCUGAUCGAAAUUAUCACAAUGCCGCAGAUACAUAACCCCGCCACCGCCGCCGCCUGCGUCCGAAAACUCCAAGCGAUCCUCCAGGCAUGUGGUGCUGUGACAACGGGAAUGGAAAUGGGUGGUCUUCGUGCCGAUGUCAACGUCUCGGUUCGGCGUCGGGGAGAGGCGCCUGGGGGCUACGAGUACGACGGGAUCAGCGGGUUAGGGCAGCGCACGGAGAUCAAGAACCUGAGCAGUUUCAAGGCCGUGGAAGACGCUAUCGUUGCCGAGAAGAAUCGUCAGAUCGCCGUGCUGGAAGGUGGCGGUGUCGUGGAGGGUGAGACCCGUGGGUGGACGAUUGGCAGCACCGAGACUCGCAGACUUCGAGGCAAAGAGGGUGCUGUGGAUUACCGUUACAUGCCCGAUCCCGACAUCCCACCACUGGUGAUUGGUGAGGACCUGGUCAACUUGAUCAACGACAAUCUUCCGACGCUGCCUGAUUCGCUCGUGCAGAUCCUUCGAACAGCUUACGGUCUCUCGAUUGAGGACGCCAAGCCAUUGAUUGAGCUGGAUGAUGGAGCCCGACUGGAGUACUACAGAGAUGUCGUGGACAUCCUUCGCUCACUUCAUCCUGAUCAGGAUGAACAAACGCAGGCGGCCCUCGCGCGUAUUGCGGGCAACUGGGUCCUCCAUGAGCUGGGUGGGUUGUUGACCAAGGCGGACCGACCCUGGAACGACGAGAUAGUGCCGGCCCGGUCUCUGGCCGACCUCAUCGACCAUCUCCAGCGAAAGCUCAUUACCGGACCCACGGCCAAACAAGUGCUCGCUGCAGUGUUUGAUGGAGAUCGCCGGCCCAUCCCGCAGCUACUGGAAGAGGACAAACUUCUUUUACGGCCGCUAUCACGGGAGGAAUACCUGGCUCUCGCCGAGUCGGCCAUUGCCCAGAACCCCCAGAUGGUUGAGCAGAUCCGCAGCAAGAACCAGCUGGGGAAAUUGGGCUGGUUCGUGGGGCAGAUGAUGCGCACGGGUGAGAAGGGCCGCGUAGAAGCGCCUAAGGCCGAGGAGGUUCUCCGCGAGCUGAUUCUGGGGAAAUAG